AUGUUAAUGGAAGACUGCCCCAUAAUCAGUAUUAAUGUUAGAGUUUGGCUGCUUUGGGCCUACGUCAAAAAGGUCAAAUGGUACGUUUAUCUAGUUGGAUGUAUACCAGUGGCGGCGUUGAAUUUGUUCAUGUUUCUGAACCUUUUCGAUGGAGUUUUGUCUGGGAAGGCUGAUAUCAAUACGAUCAUCAUAGAUGGAUUUUUUACGGUCUUGUACUUCAACCUGGUGCUGCGAGCCUCGUUUCUAAUGGCCAACAGAGAAAAAUUUGAAGCUUUUUUGAACGGAAUAGCAACGGAAUAUGAAAACUUGGAGAGAGAACCAAUAACGCGUCCAAUCGUGGAGCUCUACACUCGCCGAGGAAGGAUCCUAUCGAAAUCCAACCUGUGGCUGGGCUUGAUCAUCAGUGUGUUCUACGUCAUGUAUCCGCUGUUCUCUCCGGGGAAGAAGCUCCCGUACGGAAUCUACAUUCCCGGGGUCGACGUUUACCAGAGUCCUUGCUAUGAAGUUGUUUACGUGGUGCAGGUCUAUCUGACCUUUCCUGCAUGCUGCAUGUACAUUCCCUUCACGAGCUUUUUCUGCACCAGUGCCCUCUUUGGGUUGGUUCGAAUUUCUGCCCUCAAAUUAUCUCUUGAAAGAAUCCAGGAACACAAUAGUUCGGAAAAAUCUCUGCUGAACAAAAUGAAGGAAUGUUUUCAGUAUCAUAAAGAUGUGAUCAAAUAUGUUACAGAUCUCAACGAGCUUGUUACCUAUAUAUUUUUACUGGAAUUCCUGUCCUUUGGAACGAUGUUGUGUAUCCUACUGUUCUUGUUAAGUAUAAGUAAACAGCUAGCUCAAAUGGGAAUGAUAGCCUCGUACGUUUUCAUGAUAUUGUCCCAGAUGUACGGUCUCUAUUGGCAUUCGAAUGAAGUUCGGGAACAGAGUAUGCAAAUUGGUGAUGCAAUCUACUACAACGAGUCCUGGAUUUCGUUUGCCAAAUCUGUAAGGAGGGAAAUCAUCAUAAUGGUGGCUAGGGCACAGCGCCCACUUGCGAUUAAAGUUGGAAACGUUUACCCUAUGACGCUGGAAAUGUUCCAAUCGCUGCUGAAUGUUUCGUAUUCUUAUUUCACGCUACUGAAGCGUGUCUAUAAUUGAAAUAUUGAUUAGAGAAGGUUUUGCUUAUCGAAAAGUAAAAGCACAAUUGAAUAUUUCUGACCAUUUCAAAACUAAUUUACAAGAAUUUGUGUAAUUUUCGUGUGUUUGGAUUAGUAAUGAUCACAUGUCAAUCAAAUGGCAAACUACUAACUAAUGUUUAGAAAGAAACUAAAUUUCAACUUCAAGGAAUUAUACCGAUUC